AUGGUUUCUGAUUUAGUUGGAUCUGAGUCUAAGGUUCUUGCUCGUGAAUUUCUUGAUCUUGAGGAGCUUAAAGCUCGGGAGGCUCGAUCUCGUGCCGUUGUGCUUGAGAUCCUUGGUGACAUUCCUGAUGCUGAUGUUUCUCCUCCAAAGAACGUGUUAUUCGUUUGCAAGUUGAACCCUGUUACUGAGUCUGAUGAUUUGAAGUUGAUAUUUUCUCGGUUUGGUCCGGUGGUGAGUUGCGAUGUGAUUCGUGACUAUAAGACUGGUGAUUCUUUGCAAUAUGCCUUCGUUGAGUUUGAGAGUGAGGAAUCGUGCAACGAUGCUUAUUUUCGGAUGCAGAAUGUCUUAAUUGACGAUCGUCGGAUCCAUGUUGAUUUUUGUCAAUCGGUUUCUGGUUUUUGGAAACGUUACAAGGCGAAUGAAUCUUUUACUCGUGCCAGUGUCACGGCCAAAGGUCGUGCAAUUCGAGAUGAAGUAAGGGAGGGCACUGUACCAUCGCAUGAUGUCCGUAGUAGCGGUACUACCACCGGUGUCGAUCCCGUUAAUCGCACGAGUGAUGGCCCAUCUCGUUCACGUCCUAUUAAAAUUAGGAGGGAUAGGAGCCGUAGUCGUUCCCGUGAUCGUAGGGAUCGUUAUUCCAGGUCCAGUAUAAGGCGAUCAGGUCAUAAUCAUUACCGCCGUCACCACCAUCAUGGUGGUCGUCGUCAUAGUUCCGAUGAUUCAUCUAGCGAUUCCUCUCGUGGUCACUCUCGUCACCGUUACCGAUCACGCGAUGAUCGCUCGCGUCGAAGUCGUCGUGAUUCUCAUCGCCGUCACAGGUCCCGUGAAGGUUCAAGGCACAGUUCUGUGUCCCGUAGGGACAGCCGUCGUUAUCAUCACCGUAACCGUGUUUGA